CAUUAGUUUUAAUUUAUUAUAAUAAUUUUAAUUUUCAAUACCACAAAUCCAUCGUGGAUCUGAAUAAUCACAAUGAAAAUGGAGGGUGAAUCUACUAAACUUUUAAACAAUUUAACCGACUGGAGAUUUAGUCAAUAUCCAAAAUACAUUUUAUUGCCUAUUGAUGAGAAUCAUGAUCAAGUUGUAGCUAACAUAAGAAACGUAGUUUAUUCCGAGGUGACCCCACGACCAUUGGAACGAAACGUGCGCCUCGUUUGUGUAUCUGAGGAUGCACUAAACAAUAUUCUAGAUAUGGACAUUGAAAUAACGACUCGUGAGGAAUUCGUUGAAUUUGUCGCCGGCAAGAAACUGCCCUAUGGUGCUUUACCAGUUGCUCAUAGAUACGGUGGCCAUCAGUAUGGAUUGUGGGUUGGCCAGUUAGGUGACGGAAGAGCUAAUAUCUUGGGUGAAUAUGUCAAUAGAGUGGGACAACGUUGGCAGGUACAAUUAAAGGGAUCUGGUCCAACUCCAUAUUCUCGUGUUUAUGACGGCAGAGCUGUGUUACGGUCGUGUAUACGAGAAAUGAUCGCUUCAGAAGCGUGUCACCAUCUUGGUAUACCCACUGUACGAUCAGCUGCUUUAGUUGUGAGUGACGAGACAAUUAUUCGAGACGUGUUCUACACGAAUACGCCUCGCCGCGAAAAAGCGGCGGUGCUAUUACGUUUGUCACCCAGUUGGUUCCGUUUUGGUUCUUUCGAAAUUCUAUCUAGGAAUGGAGAAUUGCCCACCUUGAAACAAUUGGCCGAUUUUGUGAUCAAGGAAUAUUACCCCGAUAUACAGCUAACGGAUGAAAAUAGAUUCAUAAGAUUAUUCUCUGAAAUUGCACACAAGACACUUGAUUUGGUUGCGAAAUGGCAAGGUUUAGGCUUCACACACGGAUUGUUGAACACAGAUAAUAUGAGUCUCCUAGGGCUGACGAUGGACUACGGGCCGUUUGGCUUCGUGGACUCGUACGACGGUGGUUUUGUUGCCAAUUCCUCUGAUGGGGAAGCAAGAUACUCACUGUCCAAGCAACCUGACGUUGUGGUGUGGAAUGUCGGUCAACUUGCAAACGCCAUCAAACCACUCUUGUCUCCAUCCCAGCAAGUUCACAUGACGCAUAUAUUGAAGACUUUGGAUACGUAUUGCAAGAACAAGAUACUAGAAACGUUUCUCAUGAAAGUUGGUCUGCGUGAAGAGAGGUGGGGAGACGAGCAACUGAUUGAGAAACUGUUGGAUAUGAUGCAGCAGACUGGAGCUGACUUCACAGCUACCUUCCGACAAUUGGCUGAACUGGAGCCCAAUGAGAUGGUAAACGAAGUAAAAUUGGAAGAGAAAUGGUCGCUCAAGCGCUUGUCUAUGCACUCUUAUUGGGGAUGUUGGCUGGAUCAGUAUCGAGAACGAUUGGAGAAAGAAGCAGUGGACGCAAGUUCAGUAGGUAUGUUCGAAGAUGAGCGCCGUCGACGCAUGCUAAGCGUUAACCCUGUGUACGUACCAAGAAAUUGGAUGUUGCACGAAGCUAUUUUUGACGCAGAGAGGGAUGAUUUUGGGAAGGUUCGAUUUCUCAUGGAAGUUUUGAAAAACCCUUAUGAAGUUCAACCAGAAGCAGAGGUGCAAGGGUUUUCAGCUCAACCACCGCAAUGGGCUUAUGCUUUGAAAAUAAGUUGCUCCAGUUAA